AUGAAGACGGUGGGCAUAUUCCCCGCAUCUGGCGGACUCGGCACGAGCACCUAUCGACACCUCCUGGAAAUCGUACCAAAACAAAAGGUCGUCUUGAUCAGCCGCCACCUAGACAAGGCCUCUUACGAGUCGUCCCCGGCCGACCUAGAAGUCGUAUUUGCAGGAAUCGAGACCCUCUUUCUAGUAUCCUACCCCAGCCAUGUCCGCGACUACCGCGUCAAAGUUCAACUCCCUGCCACUGACGCCGCCCGCCGUGCUGGUGUCACUCACGUCUUCUACAGCUCUCUGGCAUUUGCUGGGGGUGUAAAGUCCAACCACUCUGUGGCCGAAUCGUUUACGUACACGGUCAUCCGAGAAGGUCUGUACGCCGUGUCGGUGCCAAUCUACACGGCCUUCUUCAGCCCCAAAGCGGAGCCUGCCGUGAGCGAGAUUCUGAUCCCGCACGACGAAACUGGCCUGGGUACUGCAUGGGUCGAGCGGGACGAGCUCGGCGAGGCCUCUGCAAAGCUGAUUGCCAGCUACGCCGCAGACUCCGACAAGUUCAAGUACACCAACGACACGGUGCUGCUCACUGGAACCAAGGUCUGGACCCUGGAGGAUACGGUGAAAGCGCUGGUGGAAAUCGCCGGGCACGACAUCAAGAUCAGACAAGUCUCGGUCGACGAGUAUGUUGAGUUGAAGCAGGUGCAGGCCGUUUUCAGGUCCAGGGAGAAGGCAAUAACCUGGGCGACUGCUUGGGAAGCCAUUCGGGCCGGAGAAGCGGCCGCAAUGACGUCCUACAUGGAGGAGAUUCUAGGCAGGAGGCCGACUGAUUUUGACGUUUUGGUGAAGAAAAUCUGGGGACAAAAGGGGCAAUAA